AUGACUGGCGAUCAGCUUGCCACUAAAGAGCAGCAGCGUGAGACAGCCGAGAUGAAAGCGCGGGCGGAGAAGCAAUCCAUUCUAAUCACUGAAGAUGGCCCACGGGUACGACGAACUCACAAAGGAGAGGAAGUUGUUGAAGGGGAUCACCUUACAGUGGAAUUAGAUGAAGCCCCGUCUAAUCUUCGCCGAAAGGGUGUUAGAGAAGCGAGUGAGGCCGCUAAUGCGAGCAAUGACGCGACCACGUCAUCGGCAGAUGGAGUAGCGUCUCCUAUGAAUGCUGGUAGCCGUUCUAGCUCGUCCGCGGUGCCUCUCCGGGUCGAUACUCAAGUCCACCAGCACUCGCCUAGAAAAUCCGACUUCGAUAUUGGUAAAGUCUUCUCAAGCGUGCGAUCCCCUUCAGUAUCUCAUCAAAGACGAGCCUCUACACAAGUUCAGUCGGCCGGUCCCGGUGACGAUCCCGAAGUCGACCGACUACUCCAGGAGGAUGGUAAUGAAUCUCCGCCAUACUCACCGACGGAGCACAUUGAUCCUGAUAUUGUGUGGCGUGGUCCCCUUGUUAUGACCAAUGUGGCCGAGGUUGAUACCGUAGCGAGGUAUGCUGGUGGAGCCGAUCUUAGCAAGGUUAGGAACAUUGCAUGGAAAGAUCUGAUACCGCCUCUUCUCACAGUCGCUGGACGUAUCGCGGAAGAGAAAGCUAUACCGUAUCUUUGCGGGUUGAGGUAUAACAAUCAGGUAGACUUAGUCAUUACUAGUUUGUCUCCAAGCCACCCCGCGGACCCCGCGGCGCAAAAGCAAUUCUUAGCCGUCAUCGAAUAUUUUCAAUCUAAGAAACGAUAUGGCGUUGUCGGUGAGAAGAAGCUAGGCAAUGUGAGAGAUACCUACUUAGUGCCUGUGGCAGAGGGCGAUGGUCCGAUCCCAGAACCACUGCAGAAUAUUGGAGAUCACCUCAUUCCUCUGAAGCGUUCUGAGCCUAUGCUUCUAAUGAUCUUUGUCUAUCGGGAUGAGAGACAGACACAGAUCCGAUAG